AUAAAAAAAAACAUGAAAAAUCAUGGAACACAUUGAAAGUCAUCCCUCUUUUCUCUGAUUGUUCUUGAGUCAUCUUAGCUCCCAAAUUUCCUGAGACAUUGAAAAACGGAAGAUAUCUAUCUUCAUCCAUAUCAUCUUCAGGCGCCAAGCUACUCCAUCAUGGGGGUUUUAUUGAGUUCCUCAACAGGACACAUCAACUAAGAUAGUUGCUUUCGGGACAGAUUGUACUUGGUUCGUUCAUUCCAUCGCUUUCAUUCCAAGCGCGAGGAUGAGGCCGAUCUUUGACACAUAUCGCUUGAAUGCCGAAAAUCGUCUCGUUCCCAGAUUUUGGAAUGUCUAGAAACAUCUAUUACUGGUUUAGAAACCAUCCUUGUCAUCAUUCUCUAUCCACGCCUAUGCUUCUAAUCGAACACUCUGUUAAGAUGGACUCUAACAGCUCGCCUCAUCCAGGUAUUUAUAUGCAAAGUAAAAGACCUAUAGAUCAACCAAGUCUCGAAGGCUCAGAAGAGAUGAAUAUUCCAGCUAGGACCAGCUUACCAUCAGGUUUCGACGGGUCAGAGCUAGGUUCCACAGCCAGGACUCGUACAUCAUCAAGUUUCAGAGGCUCCGAUAUGUCUGUUGCAAGGACUGCAACAAACAUCCCCAUGACGAUGUCCGAACAUACGUUGCCCAAAGAAGAACCAACAAGAGAUGUAGCAGAUGUCACGGACAGAACUUCGUCUGAAAAGACAUUACUAUCAGCGGUGUUGACAACCCCAGGCACGAGUGCGCCUGGUGAUGAUAAUGUUCCCAAGGAGCCAUCAUCAUGUUGUAUAACACAAUCAACCGUUCAGCCCAAAGCAGUCAAACACAAGAAGCCCACCACGGACUAUGUCCGCAUAAGGUGGGAGAGAGACUCUAGCAUCAAGGACUAUGUUCAUCGAAAAGACCCGAUCAAUUGUGAACAAUGUGAAUUGGGCAUACACGGCGAGAACGUCCCUGUUGACGGGAUAGUGCUUCGAUACUCACAGUAUCAAAAGAAAGACACUAAGAUCGAUCCCCCCAUGUCCUUAACAGGCGUCACCACAAACGACCAGGCAGCAGCGCUCACUGUCCCGAUACCACAGUACCUCAAAAUCGACAAACCCCGAAGAUUCUUUACCAAGGGCCGUAUCUUCAAGACUGUCUGGUUCGAGCCCUUUGGCGAUUACUCCGCCUCCCUUUGCGCCCGACCCGCCGCGCUCGCCUGCCCCGAGAGUUGCCCCAAUUACAACAAGGAAAAGCCCUACGAGCAUUUCCGGUGGUUCGUGGUACUUCGCAAGCAGCUGCACCACUCGCUGUGCUUUGCCAUCGUUAACGGAGGGGUAAAAUCCAUGGCCAAGAACCGAGCCAGAGGCGAGCACCUGGCCGUGCUGUACUCUACUAGUGUGCCGCCAGCGGAGCCGGACAAGGAGGAGGGCAUCGUGUUUGGGCCACUCGCGGUUAUUUUGGAGGAAGGGAAACAGAAUAUCAGCCCGUUGGCGAGGCUGGAUUGUAGUAGGGUGUUUACGGUGGAGGAUGAUUUGAAGGUUAUGAAGAUUGGGAGGGUGCAUCCGGAUUUUCACGGGAAGCUGGAUGAGUACUACUAUGAAGCAUGCUUCAAGGAGCCGGUGAAGCAAGUGCAGGCUAAUGGGACUUGAUGUCGAAAUCGGUCCGUUAGUGAAUUUCUGGUGUCCUUGGCUGAUUUAAUUUCUACAAGACUUUAUGGUCGCUGUUUCUAUUACAACUCCCACUCGUCUCUUUGUCUUUGCAACUUACGGUUGGGUUUUUCCUUCACCACGACAUGGAGUUUUAGUUGGAUUGCUUCGGACAUGUGUUCACAACUUCAGAGGGGGGCAGAUAGCUAGCACGGCAGUUCUCCUCUUUCUGUUUUCCGUGUCCUUGUUUUGGUUGCCUGUCUUUUCUUAAUCAUGCGUUUUGCUGCUUUAUUCACACAUCUCGUCAUGUAUCCCAUUUCUUCUUUGAUAUGUCACAUGUCUGUUGAUCACUACCUUGACAUGUCCAGUUCUAAGGUUGUCAUUUUUCGUUUGCAGAUAGAUAUCUUCCUCCCUUGACCUCUCAUCGCCCAGUAAUCACAUUCUUUUCCAUUCUUCUUCUCAACAAUUACUCAACGCAAUGUCUGAACUUCAGCGGAGGAUGACGAGGCUUCCCAGCCCAAAGGGCAAUAUUCAUUGGUCCACUAUCACGCCAUAUGUAUGCUUGGAGAAACGUAGCUCCCCGAAGUGUGCCA